CUUUUUUUGAGCCGGACCAAGGGGAAACGCAUCGUCCUCAGUUAACCAUGUGGUUCCGGUGCCUGUCCUGCGCAUGGUUGGUGUAUUGACGGCAUAUAGGGGGUCCUGAUAGGAAGAUGGUAGCCACAAGAAGAGGCAUGGCGGUAGAGCCGCCAGAGGAGAGGGAAGGAAAGGCAGAGGACACCACCGGGCAGGUAAAUGUGAACUACAAAGUGUUAACUGUGCCAACAAAUAGGGUUUCAAUAUGUGCCAACUGCUGUGAGUCCAUGUAACUGAGCACAUGGGAUGCAUCUUGACAAAGUGCUACAUAGUUCUGUAGCUGAAGUGUAUUCAUUCCUCUGCAGAAAACCUGGUGUGUGUUUUGUUUUUGUUUGUUUGUUUUCUGGCACUGUACUUUAUAUUUAAAUGCUACCUGGGGGAGCAAACCAACUCUCUGUAUGCAACAUAAAUUUUAAAAAAUUAAGAGAUGCGGAAUUUUCAACUCACCUUAACAACUUCAUCGGAACUUGCACUCUUUUGAGAUAUAAUGAAAGUCUACCUUUCAUUGUGCUAGCAGAUUUGUUAGCAAAUAUACAAAGUGGGGAAGAAAAUAAAAUUAAAAUAGGUAAUUCUCCACUUUUUAAUCACUUUUAAAGCACAGACUCUGUGCAGAAACCACAGUUUUUAUUGUAUAUUGAUAUUUUUGACACUGCUUGGUUUACAGCAUUUGAUGUCCCUGAUGAAGUUAUUGAAUGAACGAAAUGCGUAGGACCUGGGCUUAAUGAUAUACUUUUAAUUCAUGUUAUUUUAAAUCAUUUGUUUUCGGUAUAAUCACUUUUUUUGUAAUCCUUAACUGGGUUCCUGACUUCUCUCAGUUCCUGGAUUGAAGGGGAAAAAAAAGUCAGUGGCAUUGAGGAGGUCGAUUAAAGCAUCACAAUCAGGAGAGGCACCCUUAAGGCAAUCUUAAAUUCUAUAUCUUGUUGGUGCAAUUAAAAAAAAGUGUGUCACUUUAUUUAUAACAAUAUCACACUAUGUUCUGUUGAUAUAUUCUUUUCAGAUUUUACAGCUGCAUCCCUAUCAUUACUAUAUAUGUGACUGAAUUCACCCAGAGAAGCAUUUCAGAAUCAAAAUACUUGCCAGGUCUUCUCUCUGACAUUAAUACAGCAAUCCCAGAUGAUUGUUUCAGUGAAGUUCAGCUGAUAUAUUUUGAUGCCAAGUGAGGAAAGGGGUCCACCAGCAUUAUUUACAGAAGUGUGAAUUACCAGGAGUGUAAAUGGGUUAUUUAUUAAAGUGAGAAUUGGUGGGUAUUCAAAGUAAAUAGCAAAUGUAAGGCCAAAGUAGCCAAACUGAACACUAAAAUUGAGUGUUUGCCAUUUUGACCUAAAAUUUGAAAUUCACUUUGAAUUCCUGGCGAUGUUCACUUUAGUGGAUUUAACAUUUUAGCCCUUUUUUUCCAAACUGCAAACAUAGCUGACAGAUAAUUUUUCCUCUUUGGCAAUUUUGACAGGCAGGGUCAGAAUGCUUUUGUGCAAGAGCUCCAGUUUACUUUUUGACCAUAAAGAGGGCAUGCCAUCUUAGAAUGCAUGCACACAAUAUUAACAGUCUGACAGUUAAAGCAAACUAAGCACUCUUGUACGGGUGGAAUCAUCCUGGAACGACUUUCAUUCAGUUGCAAGCAUGUUGCAGCACUGCCUUCUGAUUUAUGGGCAUUGUUCACUUGUGUCCUGCUUCUGGACAACCAUAACAUAAGUUUUAAAUUUAGACUGACCCACCAAAUUCAGAACAGAUGGGUGGUAUUCACUUGUGCCAUUAGUGUAAAACAAGAAUCAAUAGUUAGCCCAUUAUAUUGGUCACAACCACAUUAUUUACUUCCUCAGUUUCCUGAUUCUGGCUAGUUGCUGGUAAGUUACAAGUUCCUACCCUGGCAUCCUUUUGCAAUGGAUAUUGGAUGUGGCACUCAAAACAUCCAUCUGUUUUUCAUAAAUGGGUGUGCAACUGUCCACCCUCAGUGUCAUUGAAUCUAUUCUUGAAUUUACCUGUAAUUUUUUUUUUUUUUUUUAGCCCCUCAUGGAAGUCAGCACUCCUGCAUCCCAAGUUCAAACACGGAACCGAGUAAAGAGGACCUCUGAAUCAAAAGAUGAUGCUAAUGAUAGCACAGAUCCAUCAGAGUCACUUAAGCCAGAUGUACAGAUUGUUACCAGAAGCAGACGUAGAAGUGGACAGCCGGAUGGGAAUGUUUCUGAAGCCGACUCUACUACUUCAAGUCACUCAACGGGAAAGAAUAGACAUCUAACAGAAUCUUCAAGGAAACUAAGAAGUCACAGGUCUCGUUUGACAACUGAACCAAUUAAGGAGUCCAAGGAAGAUAGUGAGUUGUCUGAAGCAGAAUCAAAUUGUUCUUCAGUUUCUAUGAGAGCCUCAAACAGACGGUCUUCAACUAUUUCCAGUACACUCAGAAGAAGCUGUAGGUCUGUUGUAGUUUCUGAGUCUGCGAUUGUCAUUAAGGAAGAUGAAGAUAUUUCAGAGGUAGAAUCAAACUGUUCCUCUGUUUCAGGGGUGCAAAAUGUUAGAAGAACCCGAGUGACAAGGAGUAGACAAAGAAUGGCAAAUCGCAUACAGUCUCCUGUCAAGGAAUCACAAAUAAUUGAAAUAUCUGAUGCCGAAUCUUGUAGUUCUGGUAUUUCUUCCCAGCCCCUUGCAAGACGAGUAGGCAGAAGAAAUGCAUGUAAAUCACAGAAAGAAGUUCAUGACGAACAUUUAAAGGAAACAAACAAUGAUACUGUUGAGGAAGUGGAAACUCUUUUAAAGAAAACAUCUAGUUCACCUAUGCCAGUAGAGAGAAGUCCUGAAGCAGACCCCAACAUAUCACCACGCAGAAUAUUAAGGAAUAGGCAAAUUGAUCUGAAGAUUGAUAUCAUGAAUACUUCUGUUACUGAACUACAGGUGAAAGAACAAGCUAAGCAGACAUCCAACAAGGCUUCUGAUGUGGAGCACCCAGAAACAUCCAUUAAAGAGGAUGAAAUAGUUUUCACUGCUGAAAAUAUUAUUGCAUCACCUUCAACAAAAAAUACAUUGUCUUCUGCAGUAAGCAGGAAUGUAUCAGAACGGAUAGAUCUGACAGGCAAAUCAGAGGUAGAAUUGGUGGAUGUUGACCAAGAUCCUUCAGAAUCAAGUAACACAAAGGAGACAAUCUCAACAUUCAUCAUUGAUGACGAUGAUCAAAGUCCAGGUUCUGAAAAAAGAUUUGGUGAGGAUAACAUAAUGAGUCCAGAGAUUUCUAAUAAAUCAUCUGUUAAAGAAAAUGAUAUACUGUUGUUACUUAAAAGUGAUGACAGUUCAGAAUCUGAACAAGACUAUGUGGAAGAAGAUGAAACAGAUGACGAAAUAGAGAUCGACACACCACUUGUAGAAAAGGAUGUAAGACGGAAUGUUCAACAGCCUUCAGAGGAUUUAAUGGAAGAUGGCUUUUUUGUUAUUGACACCAAACCUGGAUCAGAUUCUAGUAAAAAGUAUUUUAUUGAACAAAAAGAUGAUGGUAGUGGUGGCGAUGAUGAAAAAGAUGGAACGAGUGAAGAGGAGGAACCAGAUGAAUCUGAUGAAGAUUUUAUUGAUGAAGAUGAAGAUGAUGCACUGUUGAACAAACCGAAACAUGGCUUGUAUGUGUCGAAAUUCUUUCUUAAAAAAAAAACAAAAAAACACAAAGUCAACAGUCUCUGGCUAUAUAUAUAUUCUAUUAAUCAUUUACUCAAGUGUACAUUUUUGUGAAUUUCAAAAUAUAGAACAAAGUAGCUAAGUUGGAAACCACCUUGUUUUCAGUUUGACUAUUUUGGUUGAAAGUUGGAAUUCACUAUGAUUUUUUUUUUUUUUUUGAUAAUUCUAACUUUGAGUAACCUUGUUUAUAUUUUGGAAAUGUUUGAUAUAUAGAAUACAUUCAAGGUCCAUACAGUAGGUGCAACCGCGUAGCAAGUUGUUAUGGUUAGAUGAUGCAAACAGGAAAAACUGAAACUGCAUGAAAAAUGAACACUACACUUUUUAUACAUACAUGUUUAAUCAUGUUCUGUUUUUAUAGGUCACUAUCAACCAACAUAGACACUGGGCUGAAACUUAAGGAUUUAGGAGGCUUAUAUAUAAGCUUUAAUGCUGAAAAGCCAGACCCCGGCCCAAGUUUGCUUCAGAAAAUGAAAAAGGAGCACAAGAAGAUGGAUGAGGUAAAUUUAUUUGACUAUAUUUAGUUUUACAUCAGCUGGUCUAGUUCAUUAAAUUCUAGUCUAAUAGACUAAGCCACGGCUUGACAAAUUUGCUUGGAAUCUAGGAGCCAGCUAAAAAAGUUAGGAGCCAGGUUUUUCAACGUCAAAAAAUGCCAUUUUUAAAGGGACACCAUAGUCAACAAAACCAAUACAGCUUAAUGUAGUUGUUCUGGUUUGUAUAGCCAGUACCUGCACACUUUUCAAUGUAAACCCAAGAAAAGGCAGUGUUUACAUUGCUGCCUAGUAACACCUCUAGUGGCAGCCACUCAGAUGUCUUCUAGAGGUGGAUCCUGGGUCAGUGCUACACAAUGUGCAGCGCCUACACACUCUGCUUGGUGCAGCGCAGUGUUUUGCUGCACCUGCGCAAUAGAGUCCCAAUACUUUCCCAUGGGAAAUUGUUGGAUUGAUGAUCUCUGCCAUGGAGGCGGGGCCAACUGCACUGAGACCCACACAGUGUCUGAAAAAAGUGUGGUUAAAAAACCAAAAAACUCCUUUCCUAUGUGAUUUGGAGGGGGCCGGUUACCUAAACAGACACUCAAUGACAAACACACAUACAGUCACACACACUCACUGAUUUGACGCACACUGACAGGCACACACAUUUUCUCACACACUCACAUUAUUUGUUUUGUUUUAUUUCACUGUUUCCACCCAGCCUCACUACCUUUUGGGAAAGCUGGAGUGGAUCAGUUUCCCUGUGAUCCAGUCGUCCUCUCCAAGCUCUGCUCUCCAGUGCACUGUUUAGUAAUGCCCGGGGCGGAGUGACUUCAUCAUGGCUACCAGAAUCACUGGAGAGCGUAGGAGGAUGCUCCCUGAACAGGCUGGCCAUCCUCAUCUGGUCUCUUAGCCAGCCACAUUUAUGUCUGAAAGGGCUGACAAAUCCCAGGUGCCAGGACAAAAUUCUUAGUCAACCUGGCACCUGGGUUUUGUCGAGCCCUGCACUAAGCAAUGUAAACAGCACUUUAGUACUUUACAAAGUACUUAAAGGGACACUAUAGUCACCAGAACAAAAUAACUCCCUUCAGGCAUUUUCAUGUAAACACUGCCUUUUCAGAUGGCCACUGGAGGGACUUCCUGGCUCAGGGCUGCACAGUAAGCUGCCCCUCAGAUGGUGCUGAUUGGCCAAAUCGGCAAUUGGCCCCGCCCAAUGCUUUCACCAUGGGAGGGGGCAAGCCACCUAAAUGGUGGGUUUCCUCAUAGAGGCUGGAAUACAUGUUUUUUGUUCCUGACCCUAUAGUGAUCCUUUUACCAGGAGAGGCGCAUUUAGAUUACUCUGGUUUUCAAGUACGUCCUGAGGGUGUUACCUUAGUCCAACAUCCAGGGGUUGUUACCAUUACCCAAUUUAACGGUACUCAUUUUAUCUACCUCAGAAGGAUGAAGGGCUGAGUCAACCCUGCCAGGAUGCGACCCAACGGUUGAACAGAUUCUACUGAUGGUGCAUUAGCCCACUGAGCUAUCUCAAUGAUGGAAUAUUUGUAAGGGUAGAAAGUGUGUACAUACAGGAUAGACAGUUUUGUGCCACAGGACAGUAAAACUAUAUAGGUAGAUGUUUUGUUAUGUGACAAAUUUGAUUAACUGUGGCAAGCCAGUCCUUGCAAGUGUGUAUCCAUGUCACUACCUAUACUGCUGUAUAUUUAUAAUUGUAUUACUGCUUAAUGAUUCCUGGUCCCGACCACCCUUUUUUUUUUUUUUUUUCAGCUUCUGAAGAAUAGUGUAAUAACUCCUGACUUUGAAAAGAAGGAAUGUGUCCCAUCACAUAAAGAACAAACUAAACAACUGAAGAAAGAGAGAAAGGUUAGUGUUAAAUACUGUCUGUGUAAUGUAUUUAAACUAUAAAGACCUAUCUUCCUGCACCUGUUCACUGUGUUUUAGGACUACAGUUAUUGCAAAGAAUAAAAAAAAAGUGGACGGUACAACCCACCAACAAAUGUCAAGGUGGAUGUUUAUGCUUUCCCUUGCCUGUCUGGUUAAUUGAAUAAUAGUACAAGUCCUCAUAUUCUCCAAAUGGGAAUGCUGGCUCCAUGAAUAGAGCUUUUUCUGUUGUCUUGUGGCAGCUGCUGUCUGUUUUGAUAGUAGUUUUAUUCCGUAUUCUCCAGCGGUUCUAUUCAUCAGAUAAAUUUAACUAUAUAUCCAACAAACACCUAAUUGGCCAGGUUACGGAACAUGCAUGGUUCUAGUGGAGAAAACUAAGAACACCUGACAGUCUGCUUCUUCUUAAAUUUGGAGACCUUACUUACAGUCAUAGUAGGAGAAUCACAGAACUUUGUUAUAACAACUGACAUUUCCAAAACAAUUUAACGUGAAUUAUUUAUUUUUAUUUUUUUUUCUUCUCUUCAAAAUGCAACUUACGGUGUAUGACAAGGAUGUAUAAUAGAACAAGAACAAUAAACAUAUUCUAGUAAAUGAGGGGUUUGGAUUUUUAGUUUACGCUUUUUUGCUCCUGAAGGUUUUAAAAGCACCUACCAGUGACAUGAAGUGAAGCCACGGUUAUCAGCACAGCUACGGUGUGACUUGCACCACUGUGUUGCUGAGAAACGUUUAGGAAUUCUAAGCCAUGUUGAACUGUCUAGCUGUUGCAUUAAAUGUAUCAUGCAGUAUUCCCUACUUUCAGUUGUCUAGUGUUGUCCAAAUUCAUUAUGAGGUUUGAUCAAGGAUGAUGAUAAAACCUUUUUUUUUUUUUUUUUUUUUCUCCAUUUCUCAUCUUUCCCCUUAUGUAGGAAGAACGGGACAAGUCAAGUGGCCGUGGCUGGUUUGACAUGAAAGCUCCAGAGCUAACUGAUGAGCUGAAGAAUGACCUCAAGGCUCUAAAAAUGAGAUCCGCAAUGGACCCAAAACGAUUCUACAAGAAAAAUGACAGGGAUGGUUUUCCUAAAUAUUUCCAGGUAAGGGACAUCUAAGAAGUUAAACCUUACAGGUCAAGAUGACAAAUUGACACCAAAAUAGAGAAAAAUGCUUACUUCUUUUUAAGCAUGUAUAGUUAAAAGGACUUUCCUGGCACUUUUCCACUAUAUACCAUAUUGUGUAUUGAUUGAUUCUGGCACUUGGUGGUUGAAGUCCUUAUUUAUUACUUUUUAGUCUUCUCGUUGUUUAAUUGGCAGCCCUAAUGAUCCCAAGUCACUUCAAAUGAACCAAACAUGUUGGUUCUAAAUGUUACCUUAGAUGUCAACUUUUAUGUUACAAAUGAUGAUUUUUCUUUUUCUAUCUAGGUUGGCACUGUGGUGGACAACUCUAUAGACUUCUAUCACUCCCGAAUCCCAAAGAAAGAAAGAAAGAGAACAAUUGUGGAAGAACUUUUGGCAGACUCAGAAUUUAGAAGGUAAUGCAAUCUUAACAUUUGUUCUUCAUGGUCCAUGUGGUUCUAGCUAUCCCCACAAAUACCCUAUUUAAAGUCUCUUUGUACCCGGAGAGAUCCCUCGGCUGCCGUCUGAAGGAUCUCUUGCCCCCAGGAACUCUGAUAAGUGCUUGUUCAACUUACUGGGUCUUUUUUUUUAGCUCUGCUACCACUGUGGCCUCUUUCUCGGUGCCACCAUCUUUAGAUAAAGAUAGAGGUUGCCUGAAAUUAUAUCUUCUGCCCUUUCCUGGGUAUGCGUGUGACAUCAAGCACAUACCCUGGUGAUCCACGGUUUUCACUGAUCUCAACAUUGACUCUCAUAAUAGCGUAAGAGUCAACAAUGAGGAUCACGGAUGUGCCACUUCAAGAAGUGAUGUGCCGCUGGAAGGUGAUGAGUAAGGGGAAGAAAAAUCGGCAAUUGAUAAAUAUCGUGGAGCUUGACCAAAGCUUCACCCUUUGUCCAUCUUCAAGUUAUACAUACAGAAAAAUAAUCCCUACUUUUCCUUGCGUAUCAUUUUGCAAAUAUUUAUAAAUAAAAAAAAUUAAAGAUUUGCUUUAAUACAUUUCUAUUAAAAGUGAACCUGUCAUCCACAAAUUAUGUGGAUGGACAUGUUCAACUUCAGGUAAGUUUGGACCAAAUUUAUACAGAGUGAAUCUUCAGCAAAUGCAUAGACUGAAAGAGUCCUCUAAGUAUCAAAACUACAUCAACUGAUGUGGGUAUCAUCUAAAUAUAAUAUCCUUGCCAUUUCUCAUUUCAAACUAAUACAGAGAAAGAGACAUUGCAUAGAUUUGGAAAAAUGUUGCCAAGAUGGGAAGGAGGGGAUGCUUUAACUUGCAGGUUGGCUAACUAUGAUCUGCGAGCUAUGUUGUCACUAAACUUACAACCAGUAAACUCGCAUGAUGUGGCUUUUGUAGUGUUAAUACUCCAUGGCUUUCCUGUAAGCAGCAUUGAUUUUAUUACCGUAUAUACUCGAGUAUAAGUCGAGUUUUUCAGCACAUUUUUUGUGCUGGAAAAACCCCCACUCGACUUAUACUCGAGUUAAUGUCUGUAUUAUGGCCAUAAUGCAGACCAGGACCGCCGGGCUCAUUACAAGCCCGGCGGUCCUGUUGGGGGCUGACAGUGAGAGGUUACUUACCUUCCUGCAGCUCCUGUCAGCUCCCUUCUCCUCCGUGCAGCUCCUCUGUCAGCUCCCACUGUAAGUCUCGCGAGAGCCGCGGGGUCACCGCGGUUCUCGCGAGACUUCCAGUGGGAGCUGCACGGAGGAGAAGGGAGCUGACAGGAGCUGCAGGAAGGUAAGUAACCUCUCACUGUCAGCCCCCCUCCUACACAGCCCAUACACUGGACCACCAGGGAGUGAGAGCCCCCCUCCAAGGCAAGCUAACAAGCAGGGAGGGGGGAUGAAAAUUUAAUACAUUUUAAAAAAAUACAAUAAAUAUUAAAAUAAACUUAAAAUAUUAAAAUAAACGUAAAAUAUUAAAAAAAAUAAUAAAAUUAAAAAACUUAAAAUAUAUUAAAAAAAAAUUAUAAUAAAAAUGCCCUCAUCCCACCCAGUUCACACACACAUAUACUCAUUCAAACAAUCUGCAUUCUACACACACACUCAUACAGAGUGUGGGCGUAUAUAAUGCGUGUGUGUUUGUAUGAGUGUGUGUGUAGAAUGCAGAUUGUUUGUAUGAGUGUGUGUAUAAUGCAGUGUGUGUGCGUAUAUAAUGCAGAGUGUGUGUGUGUGUGUGUGUAGAAUGCAGAUUGUUUGUAUGAGUGUGUGUGUGUAGAAUGCAGAUUGUUUGUAUGAGUGUGUGUGUGUGUGUGUGUGUAUAUAAUUCUAAAAAUCACAGAAUUUCAUAGCCCCAAGUUUUACCCUCGACUUAUCCAUGAGGCAUAGCAUAUUUCACAAUUGUUGGUCACAAAACUGCCCUCGACUUAUACAUGAGAUCGACUUAUACACGAGUAUAUACGGUAAUUCUUAAAACACAUGGACUUUAAGUCUUUGUCACAUCAGAUGUUGCUUCUUUUGUAUCUCCCCUUCAUAUUCUCUCUUGUAUCUGUUUUUUUUUGUUUUUUGUUUUUUUAAUUCUUGUUUCUAUUUUUAUUUUUUUUUACCUUUUAGAUAUAACAAAAAGAAAUUCACAGAAAUUAUGGCAGAAAAGAGAGCGCAGGCAGAAGGAAAGAAGAACAGAAAAAAGAAGAAAUUCCGAAAGUGAAGCAGAAUUAAAACAUCGUUUACAAUUGUAUCGGUUAUUCCUGCGACACAUUAACUGUUAAGAUAUAUAAUCUGCAGCUUUCUAACAAAUUAACUGUGAGAUUCCAAGGAAGAGGGUGAAAUCACAUCAAGCCUUCUUUUCAUAAGGAUUUGUGUAGAAAUCAGGCAAUACCAAUGUGUACACUUGGUUCCAGACUAAUUUGAUUACAGCUUUGUAAGUAGUGGGUUUUUAAAUUGUGAAGAUCUGCUACAUUAAACAGUUCUGUAUUAAACUGCACCUUUAUUUUCGCAUUUUCUCUGGACUUGUAUAGUACCUGGGCGGCAUUCCAAAUGUUGGUUUAGAGCUGUACUAAAACUUUGCCAGCAUAUUAUUCAAUGAUUGCAAUUCAACUGUUGGAGUCUGGCAGAGAAUCACAGGUAUUAUCUUUCGCUUGUGACUGAGGAGUCUCAGAUGGAAUUUUGUUUGCAUUUGUGCCUAAUAUUUUUGUAUUAUCUUCCUUUAACAUGUGACAUUAUCUCUUGAUCAGUUUUGGGUACUAUGUAUCUCUUGCUGCACUGUCUCAAAAUGUUGAGUUCAAUCGAAUUCUUGUUAAGAGCUCAGUUUGAGUAGUUUAUCCAAUUUUAUCAACCAUCAAGUUUCCUUGUUGAAACUUUGAAGGGAGAGAGGAUUGAUGAACCACAAUAGGGUUUUAAAAUAUAUAUAUAUGAAAAUAAAUUCGAGGGCUGCAUUCACGGUCUAAGUAAUUUCUUUUUUCCAUAAAAUGAACGAGAUCGACGUUUCGGUCCACGCAGGGACGGUCCUCAGGAUCAAAUGACGGCCGAUUGUUUCGGCUGUGGGAGAUGUGCUGGAGCCAAUUGCUAAAUGGUUGGAUGUUUUAUUGAAACAACAAGUUAUGGAAUUGGAUACCUGUAUAAAAGAUACACCUUUAUUCAUAAAAGAAAUGUCAUCGCUGCAAGUGAAUGGAAGGCCUAUAGUAUUGAUAACGAUGGAUGUUAAAAGCCUCCAUACAGUUAUUCCGCAUACACAGGGUAUUGAAGCUACGAGACAAGUAUUGACAUACUCAGUUGUAUAGAGGUGCACCUAUUGAAUAUACUCUACAACUUCUUGAUUUAGCGUUGUCCAACAAUUAUUUAAGAUUUGAGAAUGCCUGGUUUAUGCAAAUAGCCGGCACUUCGAUGGGAGCUGCCAUGGCCCCAUCCUAUGCAAAUAUCUUCAUGUAUAUAUUCGAAAUUACCUACAUUCUUCCACGCUAUGGUGUUAACAUUCUUCGAUUUAUCGAGGAUAUACUUAUUUUCUGGACGGGUACUGUACAAGAUGCUCAACAGAUGGUUAAUA